GAGCGCGGGCGGGCGGGAAGGGCGGCCAUGCGCGCGCACGCAGCAGGUCGCUGAGGGGCGGGCUGUCGCCCUUGGGUGCAGUGCCGGCGGCGGGAUGGAGCCAGCGGCAGAGUCCCGGCCCGGCCUGGUCCCGGAGCUGAGCCCGGAGGAGGAGCAGGCCACCAAGCAGUUCCUUGAAGAGAUUAACAAGUGGACCGUUCAGUACAAUGUUUCCCCGCUCUCCUGGAAUGUGGCUGUCAAAUUCCUCAUGGCCAGGAAAUUCGAUGUGCUCAGGGCCAUCGAGCUGUUCCACUCCUACAGGGAGACACGAAGGAAGGAAGGCAUUGUAAAGCUGAAACCUCACGAAGAACCUCUCCGUUCUGAGAUCCUCAGCGGGAAGUUCACCAUCCUAAAUGUUCGGGAUCCCACAGGAGCCUCCAUCGCCCUCUUCACUGCCAGGCUGCACCAUCCCCAUAAGUCGGUCCAACACGUGGUCCUCCAGGCACUGUUUUACUUGCUGGACAGGGCUGUUGAUAGCUUUGAGACUCAGAGGAAUGGCCUGGUGUUUAUCUAUGACAUGUGCGGUUCUAAUUAUGCUAACUUUGAGCUGGAUCUUGGCAAGAAAGUCCUCAACUUGCUCAAGGGAGCUUUUCCAGCCCGCUUGAAAAAGGUGCUGAUUGUGGGCGCACCCAUCUGGUUCCGAGUGCCCUACUCCAUCAUCAGCCUCCUCCUGAAGGACAAAGUGCGGGAGAGGAUUCAGAUAUUAAAGACAUCUGAGGUUACCCAGCACUUGCCCAGGGAGUGCCUUCCAGAAAACCUGGGUGGGUACGUCAGAAUUGACCUCGCCACGUGGAAUUUCCAGUUCCUGCCCCAGGUGAACGGCCACCCAGAUCCCUUCGACGAGAUCAUCCUGUCCUCCUUCCCUCCUGCCUUAGACUGGGACUCGGUACAUGUUCCAGGUCCCCAUGCCAUGACCAUCCACGAGCUAGUGGACUAUGUUAAUACCAGGCAAAAGCGGGGGAUCUAUGAAGAGUAUGAAGACAUUCGUCGGGAGAACCCUGUUGGCACUUUCCACUGUUCCAUGUCCCCAGGAAACCUAGAGAAGAACCGCUAUGGGGAUGUCCCCUGCCUGGACCAAACUCGAGUGAAGCUGACAAAACGAAGUGGCCACACUCAGACAGAUUACAUCAAUGCCAGCUUCAUGGACGGCUACAAGCAGAAGAAUGCUUACAUCGGCACCCAGGGCCCUUUGGAAAACACCUAUCGUGACUUCUGGCUCAUGGUGUGGGAGCAGAAGGUUUUAGUGAUUGUCAUGACCACCCGCUUUGAGGAAGGUGGCAGGAGGAAGUGUGGCCAGUACUGGCCUCUAGAAAAGGACACUCGGAUCCGAUUUGGCUUCCUCACAGUGACCAAUCUGGGUGUGGAGAACAUGAACCAUUAUAAGAAAACAACACUUGAAAUUCACAAUACAGAGGAGAGGGAGAAACGCCAGGUGACCCACUUCCAAUUCCUCAGCUGGCCAGACUAUGGCGUCCCUUCCUCAGCGGCAUCGCUUAUUGACUUCCUGAGGGCCGUCAGGAGCCAGCAGAGCCUGGCCAUCAGCAGCAUGGGUGCCCGCUGCAAGGGGCAAUGCCCCGAGCAGCCGCCCAUCGUAGUCCACUGCAGUGCAGGCAUCGGCAGGACAGGUACCUUCUGUUCACUGGACAUCUGCCUGGCACAGCUGGAGGAGCUUGGCACCCUCAAUGUGUUCCAGACAGUGUCACGCAUGCGGACCCAGAGGGCCUUCAGCAUCCAGACCCCCGAGCAGUACUAUUUCUGCUACAAGGCCAUCCUGGAGUUUGCAGAAAAGGAGGGCAUGGUGCCCUCUGGCCAUAACAUGCUGACCAUGGAGGGUCAGUAACUGCCCCACAGUGUCCUGCCUGCUGGCCAGCCUCCCUUAGACUACCCCGGACGCCGCUGAGCCUCUAGGUUGCCGUCGGUUCUACCGAAGUCGUGAUCAGCCCCUCCUGUGGCUCUCAGCGCCCGAGUGCACGCAAGACAGCCUCUUCCUUCCACCAGAUCGAUGUGGUGGAGUUGCCACGAGAAAGGGCCAGCAGUGAUGUUCUUGACUCCUAGCACCUGCUAUCGAACUGUGCCUUAUUGAAACCAAAUUGUGGCUAUUGAUAUUUGCCAGGGCCCUGAGGCAAGGGGCAGGGGCCUCCUUCCCCUCCCGAUGCCAUUCUUCUCCUGGAUGGAGGUCUCCUGUCUCCCCACCUUCCCUUGCUAGGAUUUGGUGGGAAGGUUUGUGAGCAUUUACCUUCCUUCCCAGAGAGCUUGACCAAGUUACAUAUUCUAGAGAUUGCCUGAGUGCCAAGCACGUUUAUACAUAGGGCGUGUAGUCUGGUCUCCUCCGUCCUUCCAUGUGUGUGCGUGUGCAUAUGUGCACUUCUGUGUCUGGGUCCAUAUGUAUGUGUGUAUAUAAUAUAUAUUAUAUGUGAUAAUAUGGUCGUAUUCUAUAAAUACAUAUACACACACAUCUCUCUGUAGACGUUCCUGGGGCUCCGUGAUGCAGUUCAGGGCUCCGUUUCUUGGGCCCUCCUUUUACCUGGACUGGCUGGGAUGGGACACACACAGCUGUCCUCCCUGCUCUUGCCCAGGCCCUCAUUUCAAAUGAUGACUUCCCCCCUCUGGAUCCUGCCCAUUGGAACCAAGAAUGCUGGUUUGUGGUGACACUGGUGUACUUCAGCAUGGAUGGCCCUUAUCUAACAGCUUUUCUCUGUUCACUUUGCUGACUUGGGGACCAGACCUCCACUGUGAAGCCAGGCCCUCCCUUUUCUCUCUCACUCUAAGGGUAGAGAUGAACUCACUGAGCAGGCAGAGGCAAGAACAGUCGGUACGAAGUCUCAGCAGGAAAGGACGGCAGCAGGGAGUGAGGGAGAAACCCACCGUAGAAUGCCUCCUGGGGCAUAAGCAGGCCCUUUUUCCUCUGCUAGGGGUUCCUUUCCUAUGCCCUGUUUGAGCUGCCCAUCUCUUCCUGUCUGCCAUCUGCCAGGCCCUAGAGCUCCAACUGGGUGAGCUCUGUGUCAAUUAUAAGCUUAACACCCUGGCCUGUGUCCCCUCAGUCACUGUCCCGUCCCCCCCACCCCUGUCCCUGCCUGCUCCUAGCCCCCAGCCUGAUUUACAGGGAUGGAAUCGAGAGUACCCAACAUUCUAUACUCCCAGGAGAGUCCCUGAGACCCCAAAACCUUCCCCUAUAGAAGAUGAGGUUGGCAGCUGAUCAGACCUCAGUAAUUUUAUACUGUAAUAAGCUCUUUGAAUGUGUAUAUUCUUAUUUUUUACAAUCAUUUCAUUUUGUAUUUAACAUCAAUGGACUGAGUCAGAUUCAGUAAUAAUUGUUCAUAUUCAAUAUCUUACAGUGAUACAGUUUUGUAUUUACAUAUAAAUAUACCAACAUGAUCAAA